AUGGCUACUUCUGCUUCCUCCGAUGUUAGUUCCAACCAAUCUUGGUUCACGCCAUUGCGACUACUUGUUCUGUUUUGUGUCAUCCAUUUAAUUAAUUACAUGGAUAGAGGAGUUAUUUCAAGCAAUGGUGUGAAUGGAAUCCCAAAAACAUGUGGUGCCGAUGGCACGUGCACAUCUGGUUCCGGGAUCGAGGGACAAUUUAAGUUAACCAAUUUUGAGGACGGAAUUUUAUCUUCGGCAUUUAUGGUUGGACUUCUUCUAGCUUGUCCAAUAUUCGCGUCAUUGUCGAAGAGGAUAAAUCCAUUUCGACUCAUAGGUGUUGGAUUAUCUAUUUGGACUUUGUCAGUAAUUGGAUGUGGUUUUUCAUUUAAUUUCUGGUCGAUUGUUGUCUGUCGCAUGAUUGUGGGUGUUGGUGAGGCAUCGUUUAUAAGUCUUGCGGCGCCAUUUAUUUAUGAUAAUGCACCCGCUCAUAAGAGGACCGGUUGGAUAGCAAUAUUGUAUAUGUGCAUGCCUACGGGUUAUGCAAUUGGCUAUCUUUACGGUGGAUUUGUUGGUGAACGUCUAGGUUGGCGCUAUGCAUUUUGGGGCGAGGCAAUAUUAAUGUUUCCGUUUGCAAUUCUUGGUUUUGUUGUCGAGCCUCUCCAAUACAAGGGUUUUCCUCCUCGGGAGACGGUUAACGCAUCAUUACCUGUCGAUACAGCUACCUCAUUAGUUAAAGAUUUGAAAACUAAAGAUGGAACAUCUCGUAAGGAUUUACCAGAGAACGGGGUGGAGAGUUCCUCCAAUUCUUCACCUCAAUUCUUGAAAGAUUUGAAAGCACUUCUGGUCGAUAAGGUUUUUGUGGUCAAUGUUUUAGGUUUUGUAGUAUAUACGUUUGUGAUCGGUGCAUACUCAUAUUGGGGCCCCAAAGCAGGCUAUAGCAUUUAUCAAAUGAAAAAUGCAGAUAUGAUUUUUGGAGGCAUCACUGUCGUUUGUGGAAUUAUUGGAACAAUAACAGGAGGCUAUGCUUUAGAUUACCUAGGCACAACUAUUCCUAAUGCUUUUAAGCUUCUUUCUAGUACAACGUUUAUUGGAGCAGCGUUUUGCUUUGGUGCAUUUUGCUUCAAAAACAUGUAUGCCUUCCUAGUUUUUUUCUCAGUUGGCGAGUUGCUGCUGUUUGCAACACAGGGUCCGGUAAACUUUGUAUGCCUACAUUGUGUGAGGCCUAGUCUAAGGCCGCUUUCCAUGGCUAUGUCUACGGUUGCAAUUCACAUUUUUGGAGAUGUGCCAUCUUCACCUCUUGUUGGAGUUCUCGAGGACCAUCUUAACAAUUGGAGGAAGACUACACUCAUUCUCACCACCAUUUUUUUCCCGGCUGCAAUUAUAUGGUUUAUAGGUAAACGUUAG